CAGGAGGAGGCGCGAUGGCUCCGCAGCGGCGGGCGCUGCCCCGCGGGCCCGACAGCGCCGGGCCGGGGCCGGGGCCGGGGCGCGGGGGCCGCCGGCACAGCAGCGCCAGGAAGGGCAGAGUCCAGCAGGAUCCCCGGGGAAGGUGGCUGAAGGCAGCGAUCCUCCUCCUCCUCUCCGCCGCGGCCGGCGGCGGCCUCGUGCUCUGGAGCCUCCGCAGCCGGGAUGGGAUCCCCGAGGGUGGAAUUUCUGAAAACGGGGUCCCCGAGGGUGCAAUCCCUGAAGAGGGGGUCACCGAGGUGCUGGCACAUCGCAAUGACAACCUGCAGGACAAGUUCAUGGAGAUCCCCUGCUCGGAGGACUACGACAGCCACAAGCGCUUUGCAGGUUGCACUCCUAGGAAGUGUGGAAGAGGUGUGACAGAUGCUGUAAUCACAAGGGAAGAAGCUGAAAGAAUCCGUAGAAUAGCAGAGAGGGGACUGUCCUUGGGAGGAUCUGAUGGAGGGGCAUCCAUUUUGGACUUGCACUCUGGAGCUCUUUCCCUGGGGAAGCAUUUUGUAAAUCUGUACAGGUACUUUGGGGACAAAAUUCAUGACAUCUUCACAGAAGAGGAUUUUGCAUUAUACCGGGAUGUGAGGCAGAGGAUUCAGCAAAGGAUUGCUCAGGUGUUUGGUAUCAGCUCUUCCGCCAUGUACCUGACCAAGCCAACAUUCUUCUCCAGGAUGAACAGCACAGGAGCCAAGACAACACAUGAUGAGUACUGGCACCCACAUGUGGACAAGGUGACUUAUGGCUCUUUUGACUACACUUCUCUGCUCUAUCUCUCUGACUACUCCAAAGACUUUGGGGCUGGACGGUUCGUGUUCAUGGAUGCAGAUUCCAACAGGACAGUGGAGCCCCGAGCAGGCCGGGUGUCGUUUUUCACCUCGGGCUCGGAGAACCUGCACCGUGUGGAGAAGGUUCGGUGGGGCACUCGCUUCGCCAUCACCAUCUCCUUCAGCUGCGACCCCGCGCACGGCAUCGGGGACCCGCUGCUGGGCUGAGCCUGAGCCUGGCCUGAGCCUGAGCCUGAGCCUGAGCCUGAGCCUGAGCCUGAGCCUGAGCCUGAGCCUGAGCCAGACACAGCUCAGGAGCUGCUGGCCUGAGCCUGAGCCUGAGCCUGAGCCAGACACAGCUCAGGAGCUGCUGGGCUGAGCCUGAGCCAGACACAGCUCAGGAGCUGCUGGGCUGAGCCUGAGCCUGAGCCAGACACAGCUCAGGAGCUGCUGGGCUGAUCCUGAGCCUGAGCCUGAGCCUGAGCCUGAGCCUGGCCUGAGCCUGAGCCUGAGCCUGAGCCUGAGCCUGAGCCUGAGCCAGACAGCUCAGGAGCUGCUGGCCUGAGCCUGAGCCUGAGCCAGACACAGCUCAGGAGCUGCUGGGCUGAGCCUGAGCCAGACACAGCUCAGGAGCUGCUGGGCUGAGCCUGAACCAGACACAGGUCAGGAGCUGCUGGGCUGACCUUGAACCAGACACAGGUCAGGAGCUGCUGGGCUGAGCCUGAACCAGACACAGGUCAGGAGCUGCUGGGCUGACCUUGAACCAGACACAGGUCAGGAGCUGCUGGGCUGAGCCUGAACCAGACACAGGUCAGGAGCUGCUGGGCUGAGCCUGAGCCAGACACAGGUCAGGAGCUGCUGGGCUGAGCCUGAGCCAGACACAGCUCAGGAGCUCCGGGUGGGAGCUCAGCUGGCACAGGAGAGACCCUGCAGGAGGAGAGGAGAAAGGGAGAAAGCAUCUCCUGUAACCUCAUGUGCUAUUAGAGCUGCCCAGCUGUGGGAACACACCCUCACACACUUUGUUUUCACAUCUCCUUUCCAUAAACAGUGCAAAUGGUGGCUUAAGGACCACCUUAAAUGUGAUGCAUUCUGGAAAUGGUUUGUCUUCAUGUGCCAAAGAGACAGGCUACAAAGAACAGAGAAUGGGCUCCACAAAGAAGAGAAAAUGAAUUCUUCAUUUUUAAAAUAUUU